AUGCCACCAAAGAGUCCAAAGAAGAGUCCGAGGAAGAGUCCUGUGAAGUCUGGUAAGGGCAUGAAGAAAGCUGGAAAAGGACGACGUCGUGCAGCUAUAAAACGCAGACGAAAGCGAAGGGAAAGCUACAGUAUCUACGUCUACAAAGUGCUGAAGCAAGUACAUCCAGACACCGGUAUUUCAAGCCGUGCCAUGUCAAUCAUGAACAGCUUUGUUAACGAUGUAUUUGAACGUAUUGCUGCAGAGGCGUCUCGCCUGGCCCAUUACAACAAAAGGUCCACGAUUAGUAGCCGUGAAGUGCAGACUGCUGUCCGUUUACUUCUGCCUGGUGAACUUGCAAAACAUGCUGUCAGUGAAGGUACAAAGGCCGUCACCAAGUACACUAGCUCGAAGUAG